AGUUUGCACGUCUCUCAUUGGUGGGCUGUCUGAACACGUCUAACCGCUAUGCUGAGACGGAAUCGACAACAGAAAGGUUCCAUUGACGUGGACCAAUCAGAUCUCAGGCACAGACAUCCGCUUCAAAGACUCUCACCAUUGUCAGCCCCCAGCUUCAGUCUCUGAGAUGGAGAGAUCAAGAGCUGUGCUCCUCACUCUAAUGUGUGUUUUGAUCUCCAGCAUCUCUGGAAUAGUUGUGGAGAUGAGAGUCAAACCAGGAGAUGAUGUGACCGUCUACUGCGACUGCACCUGGAAGCAUAGAUUUAAAAUAGUAUGGGUGAUAAAACCCUCAGACGAGCAUCAACCUCCUCUCUUUCAUUUAACUGAGGACUCGACACUUCCACAUUACUCUCAUGUUUGGAACAAGUCCAAGUUGACAUACGAUCUGCUGGUGAAGAACAUCACUGGAUCAGAACUUGGCUUGUACUACUGCGCUCUACAUGAGACCAUGUUUUCUAGAAAUAAGAAUGGAGAUGGAUUAAUAGAGGAUCUUUAUCUUGAUGGGAACAGAACCACUUUCCUCUCUUUCCAGGACACAACGGUUCCUUGUGCCAAUCUCUCCGAAACCCCCUCCACCCCUCCUGUAUCAGACUGUAGUGUCUGCUGGAAGCUGCUGGUCAGUGUGUGUCCUGUGUGUGUUCUCAUCUCCUCAGUGUUCUCCUCCAUCUGUGUGUACUGCAUCUGCACCACCAGAACUAAAGCUGAUCAUGAAGCAGACCAGCAAAGGAAUAUCAGCAUGAGAAAACAUGAUGAGGUUGGAAAUGAUGUUUGCUAUGCUUCAUUGGACGUCCCGAGUGGUCAUAAGAAACGACUGAAGACGAGGACAGUUGAAAGCUCUGAUUUCAGCACAUAUUCUCAGGUUAAAAUUUGAGAAAAUGUAGAACUUCUGAGGAGUACGCUGGACGAUCAGGAGGUCCAAGAAUGAAGG